UGUUGACGAAUGAAGAAAUGUUAUGAUCGAACCGUUUGAACGCCGGUACAAAACUUAUUAUGAUCAAGGAAAGUGGUUAUAACGAUAGAUAAGUUUCUUGUUACUUAAAUACUAUUUACGAUUUUUAUCUUUGCAACGUACCAUACAUCAUACAUGGAUGACAAAAGAAAUAAUUUCUAUAGAAAACGUUGGUAUAUGAAAAGUAAAGGAACCAAGCAAACUAGAACUAUAACAAAUACAAAUGAAAGAUCAGCAAAGCGAUUAAAAAGUCCUUCCCGGGAUAAUGCGUCUUUAUAUAUUCAUGAAAAUGCAAAUAUUCCUUACUAUGGAUGGACAUUAUACUUUGACGAGCAAGAAUAUAAAAAGUCUUCCGAUACUGUAAGAAAAGUUAAAGCUGUCGAACGGUUCAUGAAAAAUUAUUCAGAUAUAUCAUCAUUUCUUACAUUAGCCAAUUUAGAGGCUGGAAUGACUUUUAACAUUGACUUUAACAAUUUGUUUAACGACGAUACGUUUCUAAAUGAAUGGAGUAACUUUAAAACUGAUAUACAAGAGAAACCGAUAUUUACGAUAAAUUGCAUCAAACUUGCAAUUCAUCAGUAUCACCGUUUAACUUUUCAGAAUAUUUUAAAUACCGUGUCAAAGGAAAAUCUAAAAAGUAUUUUGAAUUCAAUAAAUCUAUUGCCUGCGGUCAAAAUAAGAAUAUUAAAUUAUGGACAAACUGUUUGUUUACGAGAUAUUAAAGUGAAUUCGUAUGGAAAAUUAAUAAAUACAAGAGGAUGCGUUGUAAGAGUAGGACGAACAAAGCAGCUUGCUCAAUGGUUUGUAUUUGUAUGCUCAAAAUGUGGUUUAGAAAAGAUAGAAAAACAGUCGGAGGGAUUUUAUACCGUGCCUAAGAAAUGUACAGUUUGUGGUGUGACAACGUUUCAACCUGUAUUGAAUUCACCUUAUGUUAGAACUAUUUCUUUUCAAAUGAUUAGAAUACAAGAGAUAUUAAAUAACGAACAGGAAACUAAAGGUAGAAUGCCUAGAAUACUGGAUGUAAAAAUUUUGGAUGAUUUAGUAGAUACUUGUAUGCCAGGAGAUGAUUUAAUGCUUACAGGGAUCGUUAAAGUUCAAGGAAUAGAUGAUAAUACGUUUAAAGGGCAUGCUGCAGCUUCGUUUUCUUUUUACAUGGAAGCCAUUACGAUAGUUCAUAACAACAAUAACGUUAAUAACAAUGAUACUGAGAAAAAUACUGAGAAAAAGUGCAUCAACGCAGAUACUGUUGUCAAUGAAAUGAAUAUAAAAGAUUAUCUUGCAAUUAAGGAGGUUUAUGACAAGCCUAAUAUCUUUCCAUUAUUAGUACAUUCAUUGUGCCCGGGUAUAUAUGGUCAUGAAAUGAUUAAAGCUGGAUUGUUGUUAAGUUUGUUUGGCGGUAAUGCAAAACAUAAGGGUUUACGUGAUCAUAUACAUGUUCUUAUAGUGGGAGAUCCUGGCCUUGGAAAAUCUCAAUUGUUACAGGCAUGUUCGCGUGUAUCCGCCAAAGGCGUGUAUAUUUGUGGCAAUUCAAGUACCUCUUCAGGAUUAACCGUUACUUUGACAAAAGAAAAUGGGACAAAUGACUUUGCAUUAGAACCUGGUGCUUUAGUGUUAGCAGAUGGUGGUUGUUGUUGCAUUGAUGAAUUUGAUAAAAUGUCUGUGCAACAUCAGGCUCUAUUGGAAUCUAUGGAACAGCAAAGUGUCAGUGUUGCUAAAUCCGGGAUACUGUGUUCUCUUCCUUCUAGAACAUCGGUUCUCGCAGCUGCGAAUCACAUUGGUGGCAGAUACGACAGAAGCAAGACAAUUUUACAAAAUUUAAACAUAAGUCAACCUCUUCUUUCAAGAUUUGAUUUAAUCUUUUUACUCCUGGAUGAUCCAGAUAAACAACGCGAUCAUUUAAUAUGUAAACAUAUCAUGUCAUCCCAUAUUGGUACAAAUGACAAGAUAGAGAAGAGUCCAAGCAACGAUAAAUCAAUGCAGUCAAUGUCACAAGACGAUUCUUUAAGAGAAAAACUAAUGUUUUCACUAACACAAUCUAAAGAUAUCAUACCACAGUUUAUAUUGAAAAAAUAUAUCCUAUAUGCCCGUCAAUAUGUUUAUCCAAAAUUAACUGUUAAGGCAGCAGAAGUAUUGCAAAAGUAUUACCUGGAACUCAGAUCAAGGAAUAUAGAAUUUGGCGGUAUACCGAUAUACAAUAGGCAGCUAGAAGCAAUGAUUAGAUUAACCGAGGCCAGAGCAAAGUUGGAAUUGCGUGUUGAGGCUACAGAGUUAGAUGCUCUGGAAGUAGUAAAAAUAUUAGAGUACGCAAUGAUGAACAUGUAUGAAAAUUCAACGUUGAAAUUACAACAUAGAAACAAACCUACAGAGGGAAAAGUAAAAAUAUUUAUAAGGUUACUAGAAGAUGAAAUCAAAUCAAAUGGACAAAAAUUUUUCUCUUUAUCACAGCUGAACGAAAUAGCAAUAAAUGGAGGUAUUAAUAUACAAGAUUUCACUCGGUUUUUAUCAAAAUUGAAUGAGCAAGGUGUUUUACUACAAAUCGAUAGAAAUGUUUAUAAAUUCAUUAACAUUUAAUGGCCUUUUAUAAAUGAUCAAUGUUACAAAGAUCAUGUUAAAAAGAAAAUAUACGUAAUUUUUAUUAAUAACUCUUAUACAAUUUCUUGUACGUAUAUAAUAUAUAAAAGACAAUCGUUAAAUAUAAAAACAUGUUUUAAAACAUUACUGCCCACUUCACGGGACGUGUUGCUACUCUUGUAAGACAUCUUGGUGGACAUGCUGGAGGACACGGAGGUGGACAAUAAGGAACACAUUUUGGUGGACAAUGACCACAAGAUAUAGGUGGUGUACAUAUUGUAAUCCUACAUGGUGGUGGACACGGUAGACAUGGCGGUGGACAAGGUGCACAUGGCACGCAUGGUGGACAAGGUGGACAAGGUGGGCAGGGUGAACAUGGCGGACAAGGCGCGCACGGUGGACAAGGUGGGCAAGGUGAACAUGGCGGACAAGGCGCGCACGGUGGACAAGGUGGGCAAGGUGAACAUGGCGAACAAGGUGCGCAUGGUGGACAAGGUGAACAAGUAGAUAGACAGCAAGGAUUUACUGGUGAACAUGUUGGUGAACACGUUGGGGAGAAUUUAUUGCAGUUCAUGUUUCUUCAAUUUUCUUUUGUACUCUUUUUUUGUACUUUUCUUAAUUAUUCUUUUUCUCCUUUGAAAUUUUAUUAACUCAUUAAGUAUCAAUUAAUGAAAUGCAUAAUUGUUAAUCGUUUAAACAAUAUUUUUAAAGAGUUACUUAAAAAAUUUGAGUAAAAUGUAUUGAGAGUUUAUACUGUCGUUACAUAUAAUAUGACAGUCGAUUGCUAUGACAACUACUUCCAAAAUAACAAAAAAAGAAAAACCUAAUGGAAUAAUAUAUGAUUCUUAUAAAUUCAAUGUUGUACGUGGCAAAUUAAUUUAGUAAGAUGCAUAUUUAAACAAUUUGAUAAUUUUUACGAUAAAAAAGAAAUAAAAAAAAAAAAAAAAAAAAA